AUGCAAAACGGAACCCCUAAUCAGGUGCCUGAAAAUGGAACACUAAACGAAGAGGAAAUCCUAAAACAACUCGAAAACUACUGCAUUCAACUGAACAUCGACUUUCAACCAAUUAAGCUAUCAUACGACAACAAGUACUUCCAAACUGCAUUGGCCAAAGUUCUUCAAAACAAUACCAUUCCACAGGCGGGGCUGAGAAGUGGCUUUCGUGCGAAACAGCGGCUGAACAAUGAGUUUGAAAUUAUUGGUGAACUGGGCAAAGGUGGCUUCGGGAAGGUUUACAAAUGCAGACAUUUGCUUGAUGAAAAGAUUUUUGCCGUGAAGAAGAUUGAGAUUGAUCCAUUAGGGGCGGACUGA